GUCCCCCGAAGCGACUUCACUAGAUAAAUUGUCGUCCUUUUUCUAAACUGUACCAUAACCAAGUGCACGUGUGUUUGAUUGAUACUUGUAUAUAUAUUUUGAGUUCUUCAAUAAUUAUGCGGAUUACAGUAUUUAUAUUACUACUAGGAAUAUGUUACAUCAGAUGCCAAGAUGAUGAUGACCGCGAAGACCCAAGACGUGCUGGUAUUAGUGAGGCAUGUACUCCCAUACUAGGAUGCGAAGACCUCUAUGCCCAAUGUGUAGAGGGGGAUGGAGAGGGUGCAGGACUCGUAUGUAAAUGCCAAGUUGGCUACAUAGAGGCAAGUGGAAAAUGCACGAAUCUAGAUCAGACUUGUGCUCGUGGCCAAUCACCCUGCAGCGAUCCCAUGUCCGAAUGUGACUCUGAGAGCAACACAUGCAAAUGCUCCGAGGGGACGACUAACGUUAAUGGCGUUUGUGUAAAGGAUGACGUCACAAGCUUUGAUUGCCGUCGGGCAAAUGUUGGUUGCAAGGAGGGAGGCCAGUGCAACAUGGUAACAGGGCGAUGUGAUUGUAUGGACGGUUACGACAUGUUCGAUUGUGGGCUUGAGCUCUCCUUAGUCGACAAUGGUGAAAGGGUCCUCGUCAAUCCCGGCACAAAUGACACAACGACUGCUAUGCAAUACGCUUGUGAUGACUUUGGAGGAUGCCAAAAUGGGGGAAAAUGUUACACACCACAAGGAGGCCAACCCAUGUGCUACUGUGAUUGCUCAUACUUUGGAAAGACCUGUGAAAAUACGAGAGUUAUGGCUGAAUGUUCUUCUACAUCGAUGACCAUCUACGCCUUGCCCCAUGGUAACUUCAAGGGCAACGUCUACAUUAUGGGCGACAGUGAGACAUGUAAACUAGAGGCGGAUGAGCUUGCCGAUGAAGACUUCCAGGGUGUGAGGAUGAUCAAAUACCAGCAUAGAAACAUGAAGGCACCAAGAUGCUCCGUAUCACUGAAAGAAAUGCAGAACACUCCAAAAAAAGGAGACAAGACUUUCUACCAAGAUAUUAUCAUAGAGUACAGUGACAAGUUUGUUUCUACACUGGAUGCUAGAUACAGAGUGUACUGUGUGCAUUCGCAGGAUAAAGUUGUAGGGGGUGUAGUUGGAGAAAAGGUCAAGGUCGACCAGGACAAAGACCUUCCACAGGGACACAAAGCUGACGAUUCAUACUCUCCUCUUUCAAUGGAAGUCCUGGACGAGGCAGGCAACCCCGUAACCCAUAAGACAGCUGUUGAUCUUGGAACACCCCUCAGGUUAAAGUUUGCUCUUGAUACAGGAUCUGGACCCGGGGGUGCUGUCUUCACCAAAGCCAGAAUAGAGAUGGUCUGUGCCUUCGAUAGUUUGGACACUGAGAAACCAGACACAAAGCACAUCGACUUGGUUGUCAAUAGUUGCCCGGACACGCAGUCAGCUGGUGUGGUUGAUAUUCCGCUCUUAGACAUGCAGAUCAAUAUGAAAGCGUUCAAGUUCCAAGGUGCAAGCGAGAUGGUGAACAUACUGGCCAAGGUGAAACUCUGCCAAGAACAGAACGAGAAAGAAUGUGAGCCGAGGGACUGCUCUGAUGUACACACAGGAGGUGAAAACUCUGGUUUUGGUCGCAAGCGUCGUGGUCUCAAUACUUCUGAGCUCACUGUCUCCAGUUCCUUCAUCGUUGUGGGACUCAAAGACGAAGCCAAUAAACUAGAUUCGUCAUUAGAAAAACCAGCAUUAACAGUUGAAACUGGGUUAGGUUCAGUGACUCCAACAGUUGGCUGCUUCCAGAGUAUCGGGUUCCUUGUGACUGUUGGCAUCCUGUCGUUUGUCCUCCUCAUGUCUCUCAGUGUAGUCCUCUUCCUCUUUCUGCGCCUGCGCACUGAGCAACGUUUCCAUAGUGAUCACAUGAUGUACCAGGCAACCGCCUAUGAAAAUGCAGCAUACCCAGGAAAAAAUUAAGCCAAACCAAAACGACUUUUGAACACGAAACUGUAGAAUAUGCGUAGAUAAACAUAAUAUAUCAUAUUCACGAACAGUUCAAUUUCAAUUUAUUUCCAUCCAGUCACAGAAUGGUAGUUUAGUCAAUGUAAGCCAUUGUGGUGAAAAGUGAACUUGUAGAUGAUUUGUAAAUAUCUUAUUUAGUAAUACGUUAGUCGGAUUUUAUAUGUGAUUUAUUUAAUUUAUCAUAUUUAUGAAAAGUACAAUGUGAGCCAAAAAGGCAACCAAAAUAAAUGUAAAUAACUCAGUCAUCCGGCAUGGGUUGGUGGAACUGAGCCCUGUUCAAUGUUCUUUAUAUUUACCAAGUUUCAUUUCUGCUCCGAAUGGUCACGAUUUAUGGUCAUUUUACAAAACAUGCUUAAAGCAAACUUAAACGCGCCGGGUGAAGUUGUUCUAACUACCAACUCACAUACAUGUAUUAUGUUUAUUAUUCCCGUAUAUCGUAUA